AUGGAAAAUAUUGUAAAUUUGCGAAUGUAUUAUAACGAGUUGCAAAAUGGGCUUAGUAAUAACAUUCAAAGCCAUAUUUUGAAAAGGGUGAGUAACAUUUUAUAUAGGAAUCCUGUACAAGUAUUUAGUGGGCUGAUACAGUUUCAAAGAAUGCCCAUCACUGACGAUGCCAAUUGGGAGGAAGAUAAUAAUGACAGUGAAGAGGAGUUUGAAUCCAACUAUGAAGUCGAUGAUGAAAAUGAUAACGGAGACUUGGCAGGCAAUCCGGCGGUGCAAAAUGAAGCGGAUGCGAUUGUAAGCCAGCACCCGUUUGGUAUUCCGUCUUUUAUGCGGACUCUAGAUCUCGAAGUCAUGCAUGCCCCGGAAUUUUCUGAGUAUGCGAAUAUGGGUGAAGGCAAUGCUGCGGCAGAAGAUGGUGAGUUUAGUGUCGGAAUGGAAUUUGGUCUGAGAGAAUCGAUAUUCUAUGUGAAAUGCAAGGGUUAUGGUGCAGGUUGUGAUUGGCUUAUCCGGGCUAGCUUGAUUCAAAAGAAAGCUUGUUGGGAGAUCAGAAGAUACAAUGGCAAACACACGUACACCAUGAACACGAUUUCGCAAGAUCAUGCCAAGUUGGACUCACACAUAAUUGCAGAGGCUAUUAGGUCGUUAGUCGAAGUAGACCCGUCGAUAAAGGUGAAGUCUAUUAUUGCAGAAAUUCCAUCCAGGUUCAACUACACUGUAAGUUACCGCAAGGCUUGGUUGGCAAAGCAGAAAUCUGUCGCAAAAGUUUUCGGUGAUUGGGAAGUUUCUUACCAGACUCUGCCAGUAUGGUUGAAAGCAAUGACUGUGAAGAUGCCAAGGUCUCAUGUGCAAAUUAAAACGCUUCCCUUUUACCGUGAGAGUGAGGAGGUUCAAGGUGUAAGAGUACUGCACCGCAUUUUUUGGAGCUUCUAUCCAUGUAUUGUAGCAUUUAGACACUGCAAGUCACUAGUGCAGGUUGAUGGCACGCACCUGUACGGUGAAUAUAAAUGUGCACUUCUGGUUGCGGUUGCACAAGAUGGGAACCAAAACAUUGUCCCCAUUGCAUUUGCCAUAGUCGAGGGUGAGACAACAGACGCAUGGGAGUUUUUCUUGACCAAUUUACGGAAAUAUGUUGUUACCAUUAAUGGUGUGGGCAUUAUUUCUAACCGCCAUACCUCUAUCGAUGCUGCAGUAGCUCACAGUAAUGGUGCAUGGUCACCACCAAGAGCGUGGCACAUGUACUGCAUCAAGCACAUCGAGUCCAACUUCUUAAGGAGGUUCAAGGCUCCGUAUUUGCAUAAACUAGUGGUUAACAUAGGCUAUUCUAGGACGGAACAGGAGUACAACAAAAACUACCAGAGACUUAAAGAGCGGGGUGAGGGGUCAUCAUUGGGACAUAUGACGACAAACUUAGUAGAGUGCAUAAAUUCUAUCAUGAAGGGUGCACGCAACCUUCCUGUGACUGCCAUUGUUAGGUCUACUUUCUAUCGGCUGAAUGAAUUGUUUACUCAGAAGAGCGCCGAGGCUCAUGAGCGUGUCCACAACGGAUUCACGCGCAAUGAGAUGUUUGAGGUUCGGGAAAUGCAAGAUGGUUCUGUUUACGCUGUUAACCUUGCGCAACGACACUGCGACUGUGGCCAUUUCCAGGUCGAGCGACUCCCAUGUCGCCACGCUCUUGCAUGUUGCGCUAACCAGCGUCUUGAUUGGCAAGUAUAUGUGCACGACGUGUACAAGAUGUCUGAAAUUUGCAAGGUAUACAGAGGCGAGUUUGUUCCGAUGGGUAACCCAUCUACGUGGGAUAGAUAUGAAGGAGCGAAUGUGAUCGCCAACUGA